AUGGCGGAUGGGUACUGGAACCAGCAGCGACAUCAACAGCAACAUCCUCCUCCUACUGGUGGUCCUCUGAAACGCCACCGUUCCGAUUUCGAAGCUCCACCGUCUACAAUGCCUUCAGGCCACGAGAUUCACGGCGGCGGCUAUUAUCCGCGUGACGACGAUCUCGAUGUUCCCGAUACCAGAACUAUUGGCUCAGCUUACGAUCGUUACCUCCAGAGCGUGCAAACGUCUUCAGGAGAAGCAGGUCUGCGUAACGGUGUUGGAAGACCUGGAGGAGGUAGUAAUGGUCAAGCCGCCAUGGAUGAGUUUAUGAUGAUGAGACGCGGUGGAGUUGUUCUGCCUCCAGAGAGGGAAAGGGGAUUUGAUCCACCGGAGUCUGUUGAGAGGCGUAACCGUGAACCGCUUCCUCUACCUCCAGAUGCGUCCAACACUUUAUACGUUGAAGGACUUCCUUCGAAUUGCUCGAGGAGGGAAGUAGCUCAUAUAUUUCGACCUUUUGUAGGGUAUAGAGAAGUCAGACUUGUGAACAAAGACUCCAAACACAGGAAUGGAGAUCCUAUUGUUCUUUGCUUUGUUGAUUUCACAAACCCUGCCUGUGCAGCUACUGCUCUGAGCACAUUACAAGGCUAUAGAAUGGAUGAAAACGAGCCUGAUUCCAAGUUCUUACGGCUCCAGUUUUCAAGAAACCCAGGUUCAAGACCAGGACAACGAGGAAGAAGGUGA